GGAGCCCCUGAGGCCCUCCCUCUGUCUUUGGAACACUCUAGUAAUUCAUUGAUAACAGGAAAGUAUGAGGGAUCUUGUGAGUAGCCAGUACAGCUCCUUUCUUUUCUGGAGGAUGCCUAUAUUAGAACUGGAUCUGUUGGAGCUGGAAGGCCUGGGGCUGUCAGAUAUAUGCACCUACAAGAUCAAGGACAGCAGCAAUGGCAAAAUGACUGGGCAAGCAACAGGAGCAGAGCAAGAGAAAAACCCAGGAGGUGGUACCCUCCUAGAGUAUAGAACCUUCAACUUAUGGAGAGCUCCCGUUGCCAGCAUCCACUUCUUGGAAUUGAAUUUGCUCUAAGGCCAAGACUUAUCUCUCCCACCACCUUGCCCUUAUUGUCUUCUCUUUCAAACCCCUUCCUUCUCAUUCCUUUCCCAAAUUAAUCAUAUUCUCUAGCCUCUAUUGUGUGGUGGUGCUGAUGAAUCUGCCAGUUGAUUUUUAUUUAUUUAUCUAUCUAUCUACUCCAUUUCUUUCAAAAGCCCUUAAACUAAAGUAAAGGGUUCAAGCAAU